CUAGGGCUGCUUAUUGGCUGUCAGCGCACCUUUGUUUUUGAAGGUCCUAGCCUACGUAGACUGACACACAUGCGCCUGACCGUCUCCGUACACCACUCCAGGAUCUGUCCUUGCUUCAGGCCACUCCUGUUCUUCCGCUGACCCCUAGUGGUCACGUGGGGCUGCUCGCCACGCAAGUCUGGGUCCUUCUGCUAUCCGCUGGGGUCCUCGUAGCUUGGAAGUCAUUCCUAAGCUGCCUGUUCGAGCGAGAGUAGAUGGGAGGGUUUGCGGUUCGACUCUGGCGUGCGGUUUGCACCGCAGUGAAUCGGAGCCCCGCUUAGGCGUCCACUUAGGGUUCGGGGAACUGUUCAGGCGGUCGCCGGGGCACCCCGUGUCUGAAAAGCGCCGGAGCGCUCUGGAGAAGCCGGGACAGCCACGCUCCUCUGCAGCCAGGUGCUAGGGUCGAGAUCUAAAGUGAGAGACCGACCGUCUUUCAGCGCCUGGGCCACGGCGGCGGCCCUGGGAGCAGAGGUGGAGCAACCCCAUUAUGUUAAAGAUGAAAGGCUGGGGUUGGCUGGCCCUGCUUCUGGGGGCCCUGCUGGGAACUGCCUGGGCUCGGAGGAGCCAGGAUCUACACUGUGGAGCUUGCAGGGCUCUGGUGGAUGAACUAGAGUGGGAAAUUGCCCAGGUGGAUCCCAAGAAGACCAUUCAGAUGGGCUCUUUCCGAAUCAAUCCAGAUGGCAGCCAGUCAGUGGUGGAGGUGCCUUAUGCUCGCUCAGAGGCCCACCUCACAGAGCUGCUAGAGGAGGUUUGUGACCGGAUGAAGGAAUACGGGGAACAAAUUGACCCUUCUACCCACCGCAAGAAUUACAUACGUGUAGUGAGCCGGAAUGGAGAAUCCAAUGAACUGGACCUACAGGGCAUCCGAAUUGAUUCAGACAUCAGUGGCACCCUCAAGUUUGUGUGUGAGAGCAUUGUGGAGGAAUAUGAGGAUGAACUCAUUGAAUUCUUCUCUCGAGAGGCUGACAAUGUUAAAGACAAACUUUGUAGUAAGCGAACAGAUCUAUGUGACCAUGCCCUGCACAUAUCGCAUGAUGAGCUAUGAACCACUGGAGCCGCCCGGACUGACAAGCUUGGUGGAUCACCCCCAGGAGGGGAAAAGGUGGCAAUGCCUUUUAUAUUAUGUUUUUACUGAAAUGAACUGAAAAAAAUAUGAAACCAAAAGGA